UUUGUAUCGUAAUUGAAGCAAUAAAUCGAAUUCACGACACUUGCAGUUCCGUACCUUCCGAUAGGUUUGGUCUCCAACUCUCCGGCGGCUAGGUUGACCGCAGCACGAGGCGGCUAGCAGCUUCCUUUCCUCCGGCGAUGGCGCAGGAUCCCAAAGGUGCUGCUCCCGCGGAGGAGAGCCCCGCGGCCGAACCAGCGGCGCCAGCGGUGAGGGUGAAGGUGCUCUUCUUCGCCCGCGCGCGGGACCUGACGGGCGCCACGGAGUCGUCGCUGGAGAUGCCGCAGGGGAGCACCGCGGGGGAGUGCCUCGCCAGGGUUCUGGCCGAGUUCCCCAAGCUGGAGGAGAUCCGCAGCUCCAUGGUGCUCGCGCUCAACGAGGAGUACGCGCCCGACUCCUCAGCCGUCGCCGACGGCGACGAGCUCGCCGUCAUACCGCCCAUCAGCGGCGGCUGAUCAGAAAGAAACGAAGAAAAGAAAACGAAAGAAAAAGAUAAGGCUUGCUUGCUUCUCAUCCUUGUUUCCUGACGAUUGUGCCCGCUGAAUAAAUAAUCUCGUAUUCGUAAGUCUUGGCUA